UCUGCUGAGAUGCUGGAGGGCGAUUCAGUGACUCUGACCUGUAGCACUGAUGCUAACCCAGCAGCUAACUACACCUGGUACAAGGAGCAUGAAGACUCACCACGAGCAUCAGGACAGAUCUUCCCCAUCACUAACUUCACAGCUAAACACAGUGGGAAUUAUUACUGUGAAGCCCAGAACGAGAUGGGACGUAGUACCUCCACCUUACGUCUGAUUACUUCUUCAGGAAAAGGAGCCUCCCCAUGGCCAAUAACAACAGCUGUUUUUGCGUCCACAUCUGCCAUUUUCCUGGUAAUCAUCAUGAUCCUCAGUGUCCUCUUGAUCAGAAGAAAAAAGUCUCCACCAAGCAGCCGGCCUGCAGAGAGACCAGAGAACAACGCUCAGAUCCCACCAGCGGAGCCUUGCUAUGCAACCGCAAGCUUCUCCAGAAACCAGGAGGAUCUUCUUCUCUACUCCAACGUCAGUCCAGCUCGCCCCCCCAGACGCAAGGAGGAGGUGGAGGAAGUUCUGUACUCACGUGUCAACUUUGAGAGUUCUGGUGCUGCCAGCGAACGGAGAUGUGAAGGAGCUGUGGAUGAUUCUUCUGCUCUGUACAAUGUGAUGAUCUAA